CCCUAUGAAUUUAGCAAACGUUUUUCACAAAUUCAAACAUAAGAGAGUUAUAAAUAAAACCAACACAGCCUUAAAUCUCGCUCUCAUUUCGCAACAUAUGAUUACUAUUUUCAUUUACUUUCAGCUGUCUGUGCCAGUGCUUAAUAUUUUACACUUAGUGUAUUUUAAGUUUUUUAAAUGAAAGGCAGCUCAGAUUAAUGCUCGGUUUAUUUGUAAACAUUCGCUCAGUCUGAUUCUCGUCUAUCCUAUGCCAUAAAAGUUUUAUCAAAAUCAUUAUAAUUUUAUCUUUGGACUUAAACCUUAAAAAAAUUCAUUGAUAAGACUUAGUGCUAAUUUUGUUGAAGAUGUCUGUUGGUGAAGCUGGAUUUCGUGAUUCUCUAAUUUGGCAUUCAUCGCCAGUUGAUUGGUGCGAGGGAAACUACAAAAUUGUGUCAAAUGUUGCUGAAUUUUACAAUACAUUCAGCAACCUCAUCUUUAUUAUAAUGCCACCGAUUCUGAUGUAUUUAUUUAGAGACUACGCAAAGAAAGUCAAUCCAGGAAUUUAUCUCGUUUGGGGAUUAUUAAUUAUUGUUGGAAUUGCUUCUGCCUACUUCCAUGCCACAUUAUCCUUAAUGGGGCAAUUACUUGAUGAAUUGAGUAUUCUUUGGGUUUAUACACUCACAAUGAUCCUUUUCUGUCCGAAAAGGAAGCUUCCAAAAUUUUUAAAGAACCGAUAUGUCUUCUCCGGUCUGUUGCUCACGGUUGGACUUGGAGCAUCAAUAUUGUCUGUAUGGAAGCCUUAUAUAAAUGCAUUCGCAUUGAUGACAUUAAUUGUACCGACUGUAUAUCUCCUUCUCGUUGAACUCGAGCGUGUCAAAUACAAAGAAAGUGAGGUAUUCUCGCUUGGUAUACGGUCGUUGGUUUUGAUGGUAUGUGCAGUGACAUUGUGGUUGAAUGACCGAAUGUUUUGUGAAUUUUAUACAUCCAUGAAAAUUACUUACCUACAUGCACUCUGGCAUAUUCUAAUAUUCUUGUCAUCAUACACAUGCUGUGUACUAUUCUCGUACUUUUUUGUUAAACUCGAAAGGCCUUACAUGGCUUGUCAGCUCUCUUAUUGGCCUAAGAAUACCGUACUUAAUGCUUUCGGUAUUCCAUAUGUUGAAUUUAGACGUAAAUCGUUGGACGAUUAAGAAAUCAAUGAUUGGUGCAAGGAUGAAUAAAACCUUUCUUUUUUUUGUGAUUAUUUUAGUCGAUAGUUUUCAUGUUGUGAAAUGAACAACAAUUUUUCUUGUCUCUUCCAAUUGUAGAUUUUAGAACGACAUUUUAAUGAUUCAUUUCCGUAUUUUAAUAAUAUGAUAAAAUUAAUAUUUUUCGAAUAGAUGAUUAUUAUUGCUAAUAAUUAUUAUAUUUUAAUGAGUCAUAUUGCAACAUUUGUGGUAUGCACGACUUUAUUAACAUUUCUUGUCCUAAUAUCAAAUAGCUUUAAUUAAGUAUGCAUGGUUCGUGCAAAGAACAAAGAUUGGGAAUUUUAUCAAAGAUUUUAUAUUGGAAAAAAUGAGUCACGAUUGUUAAAAAAUGGAAAUUCCUUUUCAAAAAAUAGAACCUAAAUUUUAUAAAGCAUUUAAAAAUAGUCAUCGAAGUUGACAAAUUAUUGAAAAUUGACGGAUAUAAUUUUCUUUUAAAUUAAUGAAUUUGAAACUUCAAAAAUUAUCAAGUUUUUAAAUUUUUGAAGAUUUCGACUUUUAAAAAAUAAAAAUGAGAUGUGAAAAUUUGAAAACUUCUAAUGUCAAACUGAAACGUUCAAUCGAAUCGUUAACUCGAAACCGAAAUUUGAUUUAAAAAACCUUGCCCACAAAAAGCACCAAAUUUAACACCUGGCUUAAAAUUACCAACGUCAUUACAAAUGUUGUGUGAAUUCAAUAGUGCAACAAAAAAAAAUUCAAUGUCAAAUUAAUCAAAUAUAAUUGCAAAGUAAGUAAUUUCUGAGGAAUUGUGUUAAGAUUUAAAAUUGUAAAGAAAUUAGACGAAGCUUUAAAAUUAAAAAAACUAAUGGAACUGGAUCAACGAGAAACCAUGCAUACGAAUUUAUUAUCAAUUUAAGGGGUUUGUUUAGUUGUGACAUCCAGUAAUCAUGUAUAUGAGGGCUUAGUCUAGUCCGUUUUUAAGGUUCCAAGUAACUGCUAGAAGCCAACCGGAACUAAGAAUACAAAAUUACUCGAAAUAAAGGCUUAUUUACUACCAAUAAUACAUUAAAGUCAAACCUAAGACCUUUCGACAGUUAGACUCAAGUCUAUUAAUAAGCUGGAUUUCAGAACUAAAUCGACUCCUUAAACAAUUUAUUACAAAGAAAUUAGCAAGUUUAGAACUUGUAGUGAUAUGAAACACAUAAAAAGUAGAUUAGGUGGAU